AUGUCGUCUCCCCUCCCCCUCUCUGUUCAGGUGCGGUGGACAAAGACGGCAGGCAGCGCUUCAGACAAGUUUCAGGAAACCUCCAUCUACAACGAGACGCUGCGCAUCGAGAACAUCCAGCGGGUGCAGGGGGGCCGCUACUACUGCAAGGCCGACAACGGGGUGGGGGUGGCUGCCAUCAAGUCCAUCCGCGUAGAUGUGCAGUACCUAGAUGUCCCAGUUUUGACUGUGCACCAGACGGUCGGCGAUAUACGUACAGGUUUCUACCAGGAGAAGACAGUAUUCCUCCGCUGCACCGUCAACUCCAACCCUCCUGCAAGAUUCAUCUGGAAACGUGGUGCUACGGUCAUCGAACAGAGCAAAGACACUGGAGUGGACAUCUAUGAACCUCUUUAUACUCAGGGCGAGACCAAGGUGCUAAAACUGAAAAACCUGAGGACCAAGGAUUUUGACGACUACACUUGCCAGGUGUCUGUUCGCAAUGUGUGUAACAUUGAAGAUAAGUCAGUCACCUUCAGGCUAACAAACGCUACAGCUCCCCCGAUGAUCCGGCUGUCAGUCGACGACACGGUGGUGGUAGAUCCUGGGCAAGAUGUGGUCAUAACCUGUGAGGUGACUGCAGGUUUACCCUCCCCCACGGUGACAUGGUCCCGCUAUCCCGGAGCCCUCCCACUCAGUGCCCAGGUUCGGGGUCCGACCUUGUUCUUACGUGCAGUCACUCCAGCGGAUGCAGGUUUCUACAACUGCACGGCAACCAACAACGUGGGCAACCCCGCUCGCAAGAACGUCAAUCUGAUAGUCAGGACAAUGAGCAACCUGACUUUCCAAAUCACACCGGACUCUAACAAGGACAGCGAGACCAUCCAAAUGGGUCGGGACCUGAAACUGUCAUGUCAUGUUGACGCCACUCCACAGGACAAAGUCAACUACACCUGGUACAAAAAUGGUGUCCCCGUCUUCAACUCGGAAAGCUUGAUAUUACUGCGCAGUGACCCUGACAUGGCGCCAGGCACAAGUAGCUUGGAGAUUGUAGACAUGAAGUUCAGAGACCUGGCUAUGUAUAGCUGUGUGGCAAACUUCCCAGGCAGCAGGGUGCCAGAGCUGCGUGUGGAUGUCAACAUCUCCCAAAACAGUGUCACUCCUCCGAUGCUGUCAGUUCCAACAGGAGGUCAGAUUGUAAGUGUGCGUGAAGGAGGGUACACCGAGUUAGUUUGCCUGGUCGAUGGCAAACCCCGUCCUCCAAUUCUGUGGUCACGGACAGAGAAGGAUUUGCUAAUGCCUUCGGGGAAACCCACAGUGGAGACACCCGACGGCCGCUUGAGGCUAAAGAACGUCAGCCGUGACAUGAUGGGGGUGUAUCGAUGUCAGACAGCUUCAUACAACGGCCUUAACAUCAAGCGCAGAGAGGCACAGGUCCAACUGAAUGUGCAAUACCCUCCCAUGCUGGACCCAGUCUUUCAGGAUGUGCGGUCCAGGAACUUUCAGACAGUGACCCUGAGAUGCACUGUGCUACGGUCCAACCCUCCUCGCCUAACAGACAUUCGAUGGCUCCGCAACGGCGAGUUCAUCCGAAUGUCCAUGCCAGACCUGAAGCAGACACCAGAGCUGAAGUUCAAGCUGGAACCCACUAGCAACGGGACCUAUGAGUGCAGAGUCAGUAACAGUGCAGGGACAUCAACGUGCCGAUUUAAUGUCUCCGCACAACCAUACAAUGCUGAGUUUUAUUUUGAUACACCAAACCCAGUGCGCAUUCUGAAGGGAAAUAAUUACUCCUACACCCUACAGUGGACACAAAGAGACCCACAGGCUACCGACCGCAUCAUUGGCUACUGGCUAAAUGUUCGAAAGAACAAGCAGAACCUGGUGUCAAAGCAAAUAGACCUGAAGGGUAAGGAGCCAGAGAAAGGCGUGCUGAUGUCCCACAUAAUAACAGACCUGAGAAUUCCCCUGUCCUAUGAGAUUCGACUGGCUCCCAUCACCACCUACAGCACAGGGGACUAUGUCAGCCGAAUCAUUUUGUACUCAGAACCCUACACAUAUCCACGAUCUUCAGACCAGGUGUGUGGGUUUGAGGAUGACCGGAUCUGUGGCUUCUCUCAAGACCGGAGCGAUAACUUUGAUUGGACAAGACAGAAUAAUCUGACGCACAAUCCCAAACGAUCUGCAAAUACUGGACCAGAGACUGACCGCAGUGGAACAAAAGAGGGGUAUUACAUGUACAUCGAAGCAUCACGGCCGCGUGCUCAAGGCGACAAGGCUCGUCUUCUCUCUCCACUUUUUAAUGUGUCUUCAGUCAGGGGUCCCAAGGGCUCCGGCCGAGUCCCGUACUGCGUCUCCUUCUAUUAUCACAUGAAGGGCAAACAUAUUGGGAUGCUCAAUGUUCUUCUGAGGGUGAGAAGUAUUGCACCUGUGGAUUCAGUGGUGUGGACAAAAUCAGGUCAUCAGGGCCCAGACUGGAGUAAAGCCUACUUUGACAUCAGCCCCAGCGGACCCUUCCAGGUAAAACCUCUAUCACCGGUCUUCUCUCCAACACAGGGAACAGCAAAGUCAAUAAUAUAGCAGUGAAGAACCUGCACACGUAAAUCUUUCGAUAGGAUUUCAAAUAUAAAACCGAUA